AUGGGAGGCGAUGGUGGAGCCGGCGCCGGGGCAGCGCUGCAGCGGGGCUGCGGGGAGCGCCGGGGCAGCCCCGGCCGGCGGCUCCUGGGGCUGACGCUCCCCCUCGUGGCUGAAAGACACGCACAGCCCACGCCGAACCCGCUGCGAGAGAACUGCCGGCGGCGAUCCUUUUCCCCCGUCUUGCAAAUGUACCGGAGCAAUCGGAACAUUUGGUUUGGACAUAGCAAUGACUAUUCUUCAGCUUUUCAAUGCUUGGUACUUUGCCUUUCGCUGUUGAUGGUAAUAAGUUCAGUUAACAUAGAUAAACCUGAAGAGAAAAUUUAUUCCUGCCCAGUAAUUCAGUGCAGUGCUCCUGCAGUCAAUGGUUUACCAGGCAGAGAUGAUCCCAAAGGUAAAAAGGGAGAACCAGGAGAAGGACUGAGAGGUCUACAGGGUUUCCCUGGAAAAGCAGGACCUCUGGGAAUAAAAGGAGAUUUAGGAUCACAGGAGAAAAAGGAGAACACAGAAACAGGGAUAAUUGCAGUAACUGAUGACCUGCAGAGACAAGUAACUGCUUUGGAAACAAAAGUACAGGUUUUGGAGGCUGAACUAAAUAGACACAAAAAAGCUUUGAUUUUAAAGAACAUCGAGAGUAUUGGUAAGAAAAUAUUUGUCUCAACUGGAAAAGAAGAUACUUUUGGCAAUGGAAAAUCCCUUUUUCCAAAAGCUGGAAGUGCAGUUGCCUCUCCUAGGAAUGAGGCUGAGAAUACAGCUUUAAAAGACUUAAUAAGACCUUCAAAGCAGGCUUAGAUGGAGAUACCUGACGAACAGACUGAAGGCAAGUUCUUGUACCUGAAUGGAGGGGCUGUAACUUACACAAACUCGAAUGCUGGAGAACCAAAUAAUCUAAAAAAUGAAGACUGCGCAGUAAUACAAGACUCUAGAAAAUGGAAUGACGUUAAUUGUUCAAAUUUAUAUGCCUCAAUUAUUUAUGAAUUCUUGAGCUGA